AUGUUUUCGGUAGCCUCUCUCCUCAACCCUAUCAAUUCAGAGACGCAAAAUAUACGAUUACCUUCAAGUCCCUCCCCCUCAUUUCUAACAUCAUCUUCUACUCGUGGGAGUCCGGAUAUCUCAGCACAAUCUACGAUUAGGAAGCCAAAAAUGACUAAAGACGGGGCAAUAUUCGCAAAAGGAACGAUCAAAGGAGAGAUCAACUUUCCACCUUUCCAAAAUUUGGACCGGGCAGCCAUGGCAGAAAUUGAAAAGUUCCGCAUCUACCCAAUGGGCACAAUUGAGAAAUUUUGCCGCCACAUCCCUUACAACAGCGAAAAGAAAAGUUUUCUUGAAAAGACAGGGCGUGAAAGUAUCGAAGUGUUUCAAUAUACUUUCAAGCUGCCUGGCGACGAGAAGGAAUAUACCGUCAUGUGGGAUUACAACAUUGGACUCGUUCGUAUCACGCCAUUCUUCAAGUGCUUGAAAUACUCCAAGACAACGCCAGCCAAAAUGCUUAAUUCGAAUCCUGGGCUUAAGGAGAUCACGAACAGCAUCACAGGAGGGGCUUUAGCGGCACAAGGAUACUGGAUGCCCUACUCUGCUGCUCUUGCUGUGUGCGCCACCUUUUGCUCAACUAUUGCUGGUGCCUUGAUCCCUCUUUUCGGGCCAUCAUUCCCUUCACUCUGCGUUCCGGAAGAGGCACCAGAAUACAAAAGAAUGAUAAUCGAUCCCGUCAUUGUCGUUCAAGCCACCGCUGAAGCCGAAUCCUAUCGAGUCCGAACCACGAUGAUGACUCCAAAAUCUGUUCGCAGCAGUUACUCACCAGAGCAGCGAAUCUUGGGGCCCGUGAGCAUGCAUGCCACCCCACCACGCAACAACCUCGAACGCCGAUUGCGCUUGAAGAGAACAUUCGGAGGAGAUAGUCCAUACGGUACACCUACCGACACGGAUGUAGACGGGAAUGCCAGCGAGACGAGUAGCGGGGAUGGGUAUUACUGCUCCCCUGUUACACCCGUCUCUGCCAACAGCCUGCAUAUGCCGCAAACAUGGCAAUCAAACAACCUGCUUUCUCAACCUGCAAACUCGUCUAUCCAUCUUCAUCAACCGCUAAAGCGUGCUCCCGGUCCAGAUCCGAACCUUAGCGUCAUCCCAAGAUCCGCUCGCAUGAUUGAUCUCCAAAUGAGCAAUUUGUCUGCUAUCAAGCGAUGUGUUGAGGAGGUGGACGCUGAUGACGAGAUGGAACCGUAUGAGGUUGUCAGUCCUAAGAAGGACAAGAUUGAUAGAGAUAGAUGUGCUGCUAGCAAUGCGGUAUUGAGCUCGAUGUUUGAUGGUGGUGGCGUUGAACAGAACGCUGCUCUGCUUCUCAUGAAGCUCAACAUGAAGGAUGGAGAGUCUGCCAACGAACGUUUCCCAAAGGUCGAACAAUGUUCUACUUUUGACCAACCUCGAAUCAAGCGUCGCAGGGCGACUUCCAUGUAG